AUGUCUCAGGGAAGGUGCGGUUCCAUGCUCAUUGUGGUUGCACUACUUAGCCUUGUAGUUCACCUUGAGCCAGUUCAUGGGGCAAAUUUUACAGUUGGUGACAAGGGUGGUUGGACCUUUAACGUGAGUGGUUGGCCUAAUGGCAAGAGCUUCAAAGCUGGUGACAUACUUGAGUUCAUCUAUGAUCGAGCUCAUCACGAUGUGAUUGUGGUAAAUCAGAAUGACUAUAACAGCUGCAAGACUUCACUCGAUUCACCGGCGUUCCAAACGGGAGAUGACCAUAUACCGCUUGCAAAGGGACAUAAUUACUUCAUAUCUAAUUUUCCGGGGGAUUGUGCUGCUGGUGUUAAGAUAGCCGUCAAUGCUACGGCACCACCUCCCACCCGGAAUUUACCUCCGGUUCACGAGCCUCCAGCCAACGAGACACCACCCAAUGGGGCUCAACCUAGUGAGCAAAGAAAGCGUCGAAAUCACCUCAGUCAGAGGCGAAUCCCAAAGACGCAAUCAAAUAGCAGCUACAGUAUCCUCUGCCCAAGUAUCUCAAGGCAGAGGAAGAAUCCGAAGCUGAAGCGCCUACCGAGGAGUCCCUCGAAGCUGUAG